UGUGACGCCUGCACGCUCUGGUGCGUGGUCGUCACGCGCUAGGCUUCUUGGAUGUGCGGAGCGGCAACAUUGUAGCGAGAGUGCGUGUGGAACGCGGUGUAUCUAAUGAUCAGCCUCGCUGUGGGAACCAACAGGAAGCAGCAUGGUUUAAGGAUCUAGCGCACUUUUGUGAAAGAGAAAGGAUUAAGGCUAACAGGAACUUUUGGAAAUAUUGAAACCUGUGAAUUUUGAUGUCUGAUACCUCCGGUUUUUGCUGUGGUUAAAAGUUAAUCCACCUUCAGUCAUCAACGUGCUAACCUCUGACCUGUAGUCCUCAUGUCUGUGCCCGUAAUGGACAAACACAAAGUAAAGCGGGCACGUCUUGAUCGCAUUUGCGAAGGCAUUCGUCCUCCCAUUUUAAAUGGCCCAAUGCACCCGCGCCCCUUAGUGGCGUUGUUGGAUGGCCGGGAUUGCACUGUGGAGAUGCCAGUCCUGAAAGACGUCGCAACGGUGGCAUUCUGUGAUGCGCAGUCUACUCAGGAGAUACAUGAGAAGGUACUGAAUGAAGCAGUGGGUGCCCUGAUGUACCACACCAUUACAUUAACGCGAGAGGACCUUGAGAAAUUCAAAGCACUUCGAAUUAUUGUCAGGAUUGGCAGCGGCUAUGACAACGUCGACAUCAAAUCUGCUGCAGAUUUGGGGAUUGCGGUGUGUAACAUUCCCUCAUCAUCGGUGGAAGAGACAGCAGACUCUACACUGUGUCACAUAUUAAACCUUUACAGACGAUCAACGUGGCUCCACCAGGCUUUGCGAGAGGGGACAAGGGUGUCAAGUGUUGAACAGAUUCGAGAGGUAGCUGCAGGAGCAGCUCGAAUCCGCGGAGAGACUCUGGGUAUCAUUGGCCUGGGCCGUGUUGGUCAGGCAGUGGCUUUGCGGGCAAAAACAUUUGGAUUUAAUGUCAUUUUCUAUGAUCCAUACCUGCCAGACGGAGUGGAAAAAUCACUUGGUCUCCAGAGAAUAAGCACCUUACAGGACCUGUUGGUUCACAGUGACUGUGUGACCCUGCACUGCAGCCUGAAUGAGCACAAUCACCACCUCAUCAAUGACUUCACCAUCAAACAGAUGCGUCAGGGGGCGUUCUUGGUGAAUACAGCACGAGGGGGGCUGGUGGAUGAGAAAGCACUGAGCCAGGCGCUGAAGGACGGACGGAUACGAGGAGCAGCUUUAGAUGUUCACGAAUCAGAACCUUUCAGCUUUAGUCAAGGACCUCUGAAGGAUGCACCAAAUCUUAUCUGCACCCCGCACACAGCAUGGUACAGUGAGCAGGCUUCUAUUGAAGUGCGGGAGGAGGCGGCUCGAGAGAUUCGUAGAGCUAUCACAGGCCGCAUUCCGGAUACCUUAAAAAACUGUGUGAAUAAAGAGUAUUUAGCAGCAGCUGCUCAAUGGACUGGCAUCGAUCCUGUUGCUGUACAUCCUGAACUGAACGGAGCUGCUUACAGAUUUCCAAGUGGAGUGGUCGGGGUAACGGCAGCAGGCAUCCCAGCUGCUGCAGUCGAAGGAAUUGUAGCAGGUGCCAUCCCCAUGCAACAUGGGAUGCCUUCAGUAGCCCACCCUUCGCACACGCCAUCCCCAAGCCAGACAGCCAAAUCGGAACCUGACAGAGAUAUCCCAGCUGACCAAUAGCAAAUCUCAAGAAAAGAAAAGAAAUGGCAUUCCUCACCUUUUGACCUUUAACCUUCCGCUAGGAAGUAGCCCUGAAGUUCACAGCAAAAAAAAAAACUGGGACUGCAAAGUGUAGUUUAUGCAGUUAAACAGAAGCAAAGUGUGGAGUCUUACUGCAUUUCCAAUUGACGUCUGUAAUUCUGUGACCUUGUAUGAAAAGGAAAAAAAAAACCUUGUAGUACCUCAAGUCAGCCAUGAAUGUACUCCGUCUGUGUACAGUUUUGUAGAAGCCACAGAUUUGUUUAGCUGUGAAUAUACUUUUUAAAAGAAAAAGUGAAAAUAUACAAGACUUCCUA